AUGGCUUCUAUCAAUGCGCCCCCAAUGGAUUUCACCAACGUCUCAUACACGAGUCUUCCCUCACCAGCCUCAAUUCGUCUGUUGUCAUUCAUCAAGAGACCACGCCAGCUUUCACCUCCUUCAAUCUUAGGUGAACCUCUACUAGAAUGCAUCCUAGAGACCGUGGAUAUCAACGAGGCCCCGCAUUUUGAUCUCAUCUCUACGACAUGGGGGAACCCAGACAGUGCUGAUCCAGGCGAUAUUGAUGAAUACGGGCCCAUGCAUCUCUAUCCCAUCACCAUCAACGGAAAGCUAAUGUUUCUCCCGAAAAACAUUUACGAAGCUCUCAAGAUGGCUCAAAAAGUCAAUGAUCGCGUUGAGCAACGCAAUGAACUGUUCCUGGAGACUGAGUUGAUGACAGCCGUGGAAAACAAUCAUCGACCCAAGGUUCAGCGGUUGUUGGAGCAAGGUGCUCAUAUCCAUGCGCAGGAUUGUUUCGGCAAGACGGCGAUUCAUCACGCAGCACAACUUGGUCAUUUCGACAUUAUCAACAUGCUUCUCGACUACGGUGCCAGUAUGAAAGUAAUCGACUCGUAUGGUAAAACGCCGAUGGACUACAUCACAUACACGAAGCCAAAAGAUUGGGAGAACAUUGAAGAAAUUGCUUAUAAGAUGCAAAAGACGCCUGAGGAGAGAAAACUAGUCCCUGUUCCUGAAGUUGUUCGAGUCGGGAGGCCGAUGUGGAUUGAUGCAAUUUGCAUCGAUCAGAGCAAUCCCGAGGAGCGAUCGAAUCAUGGUUCUUUGAUUGCACAGAUUUACUGCUGUGCUAGCUCUGUCAUCGCAUGGAUUGGAGUCCAGAAUGAUGAAACUAAACUUGCGCCAGAAGCCAUCUCAUCAAUCCUUCGGGCUGAUGGCAAAGAUCCAGAUGAAACCAUGUCUGAUGACACUACUUCUACCACAAAUGCUGGGUAUUCAUACGUCCCCUCCGAUCAGGAAAAGUCAUCUAUUAUCAGAUUUCUAAGGCGAUCUUGGUUUGAACGGGAAGGUCUUAUGCACGAAGUCGCUUUCGGGAGAGCAAUCACUGUUUACUGCGGCAUGGAUACGCUUCCGUUCUCAUCUAUAAUGGAAUUUCUCAGACGGGAGGCACACAGUGGUACUUUUCUACCUUCUGGCCUUCAUGUUUGGUCUUUAAUUGGUAAUACUGAGUCUAGGAAGCGACGCUCACUUGAGUCAAGAUCAAGAACGAAGAGAACGCGACGAGAUUCGAUUGAUGGAUGA